GUCCCCGAGCAGCACAUGGAGCCGGAGCCCAGCCCCGCGGCUGCAGCCUAGGGAGAGCUGCUCGCACCCGGUCCCCUCUGCCCCGCUCCGCGCCUUGCCCGCAGCGCGGAUGGCCCCCGGCUGGCGGAGCCGGCUCUGGGGGGCUCUGCUGCUGCCGCUGCUGGGCCAGGCUGCGGGGAGCCCGGCGGAGCCCCAGCCCCUGCCGCCCUUCGACGCGCUCUUCGCCCGCGGCGUGGAGGCUUGUGACGGCGGCGACUACGCGGGCGCCGUGCGCUGGCUGGAGCGGGCGCUGAGCAGCCACCGGCAGCUGCGGGAGGCGCGGCUGCGCUGCGGGCUGGGCUGCCGGGAGCCCCUGGGGCGGCUCGGGCCGGGCGCCGGCGGGGACCUGCCCUUCUUCGGCUCCGUGCUGCGCCGGGCGCGCUGCCUGCGCCAGUGUCUGGGGCGCCGCCUGGGGGCCGCCUCCCGGCACCGCGCCAGCGAGGACGUGCGGGCCGAUUUCCAGCGCCGGGUGCCCUACAACUACCUGCAGCGGGCCUACAUCCAGCUGAACCAGCUGGAGGAGGCAGCAGAUGCAGCUCACACCUUUUUCAUGGCAAACCCUGAGCACAUGGAAAUGCAGCAGGACAUUGAGAACUACAAAACCAUGACAGGGAAGGUCCAUCUGGUUGAUCGAGAGGCCAAGCCGCACAUGGAGAACUACAGCACAGGGGUGAAGCACUAUGAUCAAGAAGAGUACGCUCUGGCCAUCGAGUCCUUGGAGCGAGCGCUGCGGGGCUACUACACCGCGGAUGUGGAGUGCCGGGUCAUGUGCGAGGGGCCUCAGCGGUUCGAGGAGUACGAGUACUUGGAGUAUAAAGCUGACCUCUACGAAGCAAUUGCAGAUCACUACAUGCAGAUCCUGGUGUGUCAACAUGAGUGUGUCAGAGAACUUGCCACCCGUCCCGGGCGUUUAUCACCCAUCGAGAACUACCUUCCCCUCCAUUACGACUACUUGCAGUUUGCCUAUUACAGAGUGGGCAAGUACGUGAAAGCCCUGGAGUGUGCCAAGUCCUACCUCCUGUUCCACCCGGACGAUGAAGCUGUCUUGGAGAAUGCAGAUUAUUACAACAGCCUCUUGGAAGAGACUAUGGACCCAGAGACCAUCAAACCCAGAAAGGAAGCUGCCAAGUUUCUGAGGCGUCAUAAGCUGGAGUCUGACCUCUUGCAGAUGGGAGCAACUGGCCUGGGGUUCAUCUACACCGAGCCGAGCUACUGGAGCAGCUCCGGCGCCCGUCAGGACGAGCACAGAGUCCCCUCGAGUGUUAACAGUGAGCUGGCAGAUGGUCCUGCCCUGUCUCUUGGAAAGAAACCUGCACCCAAAAUGGAUCGAGAGCUGCGGGAGGGGGGUUCUCUGCUCUACAGCGAUGUGCAGUUCAUCUAUAACUCCCAGCAGCUGAACGGCACGCAGCGAGUGCUACUGGAUAACGUCAUCUCGGAGGAGGAGUGCCAGGAGCUGCGCAGAGUGGCCAAUGGGAUCAUGCUGGCUGGAGAUGGCUAUCGCGGGAAAAGCUCACCCCACACCCCCAACGAGAAGUUUGAAGGGGCCACCGUCCUCAAAGCUCUCAAGUUCGGCUACGAGGGGCGCGUCCCACUCAAGAGCGCCCGCCUGUUCUACGACGUCAGCGAGAAGGCCCGCAGGAUCGUGGAGUCCUACUUCCGGCUGAACUCCACCCUCUACUUCUCCUACACGCACAUGGUGUGCCGCACUGCCCUGCCUGGCCAGCAGGAGAAAAGAAACGACCUGAGCCAUCCCAUUCAUGCCGACAACUGCCUGCUGGAUCCUGAGGCCAGUGAGUGCUGGAAGGAGCCCCCGGCCUACACCUUCCGGGAUUACAGUGCCCUUCUGUACAUGAACAAAGAUUUCGAAGGUGGGGAGUUUAUAUUCACUGAGAUGGAUGCCAAAACUGUCACUGCCUCUAUCAAGCCAAAGUGUGGGCGCAUGAUCAGCUUCUCAUCCGGCGGGGAGAACCCCCAUGGGGUCAAAGCAGUCACCAAAGGCCAGCGGUGUGCUGUGGCCCUCUGGUUCACUUUGGACCCACUUUACAGAGAGCUGGAGCGAAUCCAGGCAGACGAAGUGAUAGCGACGUUAGACCAAGAGCGUCUAGGAGCCAGCGACCUGAACAUCAACCCAAAGGAUGAGCUCUAAACUAGGCCAAGGACUUUCGAUUAAAUAUUUAUUUAAUAUUGUUAAUCCUAUUAGAACCCUUUUAUUUUUAUACAGA